GGUGGUCGGUGCAAGGUCCGAGCAAAGCUGAUUUCCCCCACCGCACCCCCACCGCACUCACACAGACACCCCAAACUCGGAUUUAUAAAAAUCUUUGAUCACCCGGACUAUAACUGGUCAGAUGUUUGACCGCAACAGCAUGUCGCCCAGGAGAUUACAGGCUGUGGUGAUGUUGUUAAUGCUCAUGAUUUUCAGCACUUCAGGAGCAUUUGUUGGUAUCAACAUUGGCACUCAGGUGUCAAACAUGCCAUCACCAUCAGACAUAGUCUCCAUCCUUAAAGCGAAGAAGAUUCAACACGUUCGCUUGGUUAAUUCAGACCAUCAGAUGCUAGUUGCCCUUGCCAAUACUGGAAUUGAAGUGAUGGUUGGGGUGCCAAAUGAUCAGCUGCUCCGUGUGGGGCAGUCUCGUCCAACAGCUGCUGAUUGGAUUAACAAGAAUGUUGCUGCUUACCUUCCGGCAACUAACAUUACAUAUAUUGCAGUGGGUGAUGAGGUUCUUACUGCUAUCCCAAAUGCAGCCCUUGUUCUAGUACCUGCAUUGCAAUUCCUCCAGUCAGCACUUUUGGCUGCAAAUCUGAAUACCCAGGUGAAACUUUCGAGCCCCCAUUCAAUGGAUAUGAUCACAAAGGCUUUUCCCCCCUCUACUGCCACUUUCAACUCGACAUGGAGCUCAGUUAUGUCCCAGUAUCUUCAGUUUCUGAAGUCUUCAGGGUCUGCAUUCAUGCUGAAUGCUCAACCGUAUUAUGGCUAUGUGAAAGGGCAAGGCAUUUUCCCUUUAGAGUAUGCCCUGUUCCGAUCACUCAAUCCCAACAGUCAGAUUGCAGAUCCCAACACUAACUUGUUCUACACCAAUAUGUUUGAUGCUAUGGUUGAUGCUACAUACAGCUCGAUGAAAGCAAUGAAUUUUACCGACAUUCCUGUUAUGGUCACAGCUUCUGGUUGGCCGUCGCAUGGUGGGAGAAACGAGCCUGCUGCUGAUGUUGAUAAUGCAUUGGCCUACAAUAGCAAUCUCAUACGCCAUGUACUAAAUAAUUCUGGUACACCUAGCCAGCCAAAUAAUCAAGUAAGCACAUACCUGUUUGAGUUGUUCAACGAGGAUCUUCGGACAGGACCUGAUUCAGAAAACUGGGGGAUUAUGUUCAUCAAUGCAAGCGCUGUCUACUCCUUGACAUUUGAAGAUGUUGCUACAACCACUACAGAUUCACCUGCUUUACGCGGGAUGUUUUGUGUGGCAAAUUCAAGUGCACCCCACAGUGCAUUAAAACAAAGCUUGGAUUGGGCAUGUGGCCCUGGCUCCGCAAACUGCAGUGCAAUUCAACCUGGACAGCCAUGCUAUAAACCAGAUGAUAUUGUAGCUGUUGCUUCUUAUGCCUUCAACGAUUAUUAUCAUAGAACACAAGCAAGUGGCGGUACAUGCAACUUUAAUAGCACAGCAUCAAUGUCGUCUACUGAUCCAAGCCAUGGCACAUGUAUUUUUGCAGGAAGCACCGGUGCCAAUGGCAGUGCGGCUUCCGGACCUGUGAGCCAAGAGAGCUUUGCUUCACACUAUCAGUCUUGCUGGUGGACUCACCUAGUCGCCGCCUUGCUGCCCGUUGUACUUCUCCUGUAAAACAUUGUAACGUUGGAUGAGAUGCACCAAAAUUGCUGUGCCUCUCGUCAUUAGAUAGCGUAGGGAGGCCAUAUUUGUUGAACUGCAUUGAGAUCGAUGACAUGUAAUACUUUUGUUGUCCUAGAAGUGAUUGAGCAAGAUGUGCACCAAUUGUGGGAGGCUUCUUUUCUGAAAGUUCCAAAUUCAGUGUAAAUGCCAUGCACAUGGCUUAUUGGCUUUA